AUGGUGCAGUGUGACGAAGCGCAGCCCAAAUGUGGAUACUGUAACCUCCGGAAUCUGGAUUGCGAAUAUAUCCAAGAUGUCCUCUCGACCUCUCGCACUUCGUCGGCAGGCCCAUCGUCCAGUGAUGAGGUUUUACUAUCUACAUUCAACACUCCAAUAGACUUCAACGAUCUUUCCAUUGAGCUGGUACCAUAUCUCAGCCCACACUGCCAUACAUCCAUAGGUACACUCACAGCCCUCGACAGUCAUCUACUGCAAUUCUACAGAACAGACGCCUACCGUACCGUUGUAUCCUGCGACGAUGCCAUCAUCCAGAACCUACACAAAGAGACCAUACCCCAACUAAGCAUUUCUAACCCAUUUCUCUUAUACGCCCUACUCGGUAUGACAGCAACCUACAGCAACAACGUCACGCCCAAUAAGACGGUCGAAAAACAAGCCCUACUCUACCGUCAAAAGACCUUUUCCACCUACAAAGAAGCCCUCAAGAACAUCACAGCCGAGAAUUACGAAGCCGUCCUCGUAACAGGCGGUCUUCUCCUCGCGCUCGUCCCCGGGCCAGCCACCGACACAGACGAAGAUCACCUCGAAUGGGUGUUCGGCCUCCUCAAACUAAGCGAAGGCCUGCGUAUCCUCGCCUCCCUCCGCUGGGCCCAAGGCAUCGAGAAACUUUCCGUGUACCCGUUAGUACGCCGGGAAAUCAAGACGCUGCCACCCCCACCCAUCAUCGACGUGGCAGCCAUCGAAGCGCCCAUCGGUCCUCUGGGAACGACGCCUGAUAACCCCAAUCCAGCACCAACAUACACACCCAUCCAUUUCCCUACGCAAACCCGCCUUUUUCUUCCACCGCCCCUGAUGCAACUCCUCCAAACUAUUAUCCGAGGAAAAGAUUCUGGGACGCUAGACUGGCACCGACCAACCCUUCUCCCCGUCUUCCACGCUCUCUCCCCCAUCUUCCUAUCUCUGUAUUACUACGGGCUAGACUCUGACUUCUACGUCCGCAUCUUCGUCUGGACAUCCUUCCUUAUGCCAGACUAUCUCCAGUUGAUGCGGGACAAGGAACCAAGGGCUCUGGUGCUAUUCGGGUGGUGGUUGUCGCUGGCAAAUCUAGCGCCGAAGGGGUGGUGGACGGGGAAGCGGGUGCGUAAGACUAUGGGGGCGAUGGUGCGGGCGAUUCAAGCGCAGCCUGUGGGAGAUGGUGGGUUUGCAGAGCGCGUUCUGAGGAGUGCGUUGAGGAUUGUUGAUGUUGUGGAUAGUGAGGGGAAGGAGGCGGCGGCUAAGGCGGUGUUUGAUGACUGGCCUGGGGUCAAUUGGGAGGAGGGACCAGUCAGAGCUCAGGCGUGGGAUUAUGGUCAGUUGGUGGAUUUGGGGGAGUUGGAUGGCGGUUUGGAUAUGGAUGCUGCUGUGGGUAUUGAUCUACAAGAGCUAGGUAUAUCGGUUUGA